AUGUCACGUGCAUCACACGUUUUUUGUACUAGCUUAUUAGGGGAUAAGAAAGGCAGCCAACAUAGGAAGCAAAAUCCUCAGAGAAUCAAAGGCACUGGAUUGAAAUCAGAGGCACAUGUUGGGUCAGAGCUAGGCCCACAGGGUCAAGGAGAUCCAAACCCACGUGCCUUGCAUGCAAUGCAAGGGAAGUGA